AUGUCCUGGGAACCGCAACCCCAAGUCCACGCGCAGCUCCUGGAGGUGCUGCAGAACUCGCUGCGGGGCAAUAACGCCGCCCAGCGCCAGGCCACCCAGCAGCUUAGAGAGGCCCAGGCCCAGCCUGACUUUGCAAACUACCUCAUGGCGGUGUUGAUUGACGACAAGGCUGGCCCGCUCGACGUGCGGUCCUCGGCCGGACUGUUGCUUAAAAACCUGAUUAGAUUCGACUUCAAGGAUCUCAACGAUGCCGGCAAGACGUACGUCAAGGCCCACGUCUUCACAGCCCUGGUGGAGCCCGCCAACAUCAUCCGAAACACGGCAGGAACCAUUGUGGCGUCGCUGAUGCAGCGGGAGGGAAUCAGCGGGUGGCCCGACGGGCUGACUACACUCAUGGGCCUGGCCGAGAGCUCGGACGCGAACGCCCAGCUCGGAGGAAUGGACGCCCUGUCCAAGAUCUGCGAAGACAUGCCCGUGGAGCUGGACCAGACAUACGGCAGCCAGCGGCCACUGGAGUACAUGGUGCCCAAGUUUCUCGAGUUUGUCCGGUCGCCCGACUCGUCGCACCAGAAGCGAGUGCAGGCGCUCACCUGUCUCAACCACAUUGUCGAGGUUGAGAGCCGAUCCAUUGCUAGCCGAAUGGACGAGUAUCUGGAGAUCUUGUUUAGUCUGGCCAACACGCCCGAUGUGGAGACCCGAAUCCAGAUCUGCAAUGCCUUCACCGGAAUCCUGCGAACCAACGCCGAGAAAAUUGCACCCCAUCUUGGAGGAGUCAUUCAGUACGCCCUCCAUUGCAUCUCUGCCUCCGAGGAGGGCGACACUCUGGACUUCCAGGCUUGCGAGUUCCUGUUGCUGCUGACUGAGCUGGACCCCAACCCGGAGGCGCUGUCGCCGCAUCUUGGGGACCUUGUUCCUGCUGUUCUUCGAGCCAUGGUCUACUCCGAGACAGACGUGUUCAUGCUGGAGGGCAUCAACGAGGACGAUGCCGACGUGGCCGACCGAGAGGAGGAUCUCAAGCCCAUCAACUUCCGACAAAAGGCCGCCCACGGCAACAAGAAAAACGAGGCUGAGGGACAGGAGCCCGAUGAAGACGAAUCUGACGAUGAGGAGGACGACGAGGUGCGAGGCCUGGAGGCCUGGAAUUUGCGAAAAUGUGCCGCCUCCACUCUUGACCGACUUUCUAACAUUCUUCCCGAGGAGGUUCUUGAAGCUGCAAUGCCCUACCUCAAGCAGACCAUUGUCUCUGACGAGUGGCCUGCCAGAGAAGCUGCCAUUCUGGCCUUUGGAGCCAUUGCUGAUGGAUGCCAGGAUAUGGUCGCUCCUCAUCUGCCCGAGCUGGUGCCCUUCCUGAUUCAGCGAUUGUCUGACCCUCAAUUCCCCGUUCGACAGGUUUGUUGCUGGACCCUGGGCCGGUUCUCAACCUGGGUCUGCGAACAGAGCAUGUCCGAGCAGGACACUUACUUCAUCCCCACGCUUACAGGUCUCUUUACAUGUGCCCUGGACCGAAACAAAAAGGUGCAGGUUGCCGGCUGUUCUGCCGUGGCCACCUUCACUGACGAGGCCCGAAACAUGCUGACUCCAUACCUCGGCCAGAUUCUCGAGCAGUUUGCGCUCUGUUUCCGACGCUACCAGAAGAAGUCGCUGCUGUUCCUGUACGACGCAGUUUCGACUCUGGUCAAGUAUUGCGGCGCCGAAAUUGCCGAAAACCAACAAUACAUGGAGACUCUGAUGCAGCCUCUGAUUGCCAAGUGGGAGCAGAUUAGCGACGACGACAACGCCCUGUGGCCACUGUUUGAGUGCAUGUCUGCCGUGGCCUCGUACAUGGGCCCUGCAUUUGAGCCCUAUGCUCCCCCUGUGUUUGACCGAUGCGCUCGUCUGCUGCACUCGUGCUUGGUUCAGGAUCAGAACUUUUCCAACGACCCGUCCCAGGAUCCUGCCGAGCGAGACUUUAUGGUGACUGCCAUUGAUCUUGUCGACGGUCUGGUGCUCGGUCUCAAGGACAAGGCAGCUCCCUUGAUGAUGAACAGCGAGCCCCCAUUCAUGGAGCUGCUUCUUGUGUGCUGCCAUGACGAGUUUGACGUGCGGCAAUCGACAUUUGCGCUCAUUGGAGACAUGGCCGCCCUGUGCCCCCAGCCAUUGGAGCCCUACAUGGAUCAGUUGAUGGAGGAGCUGCUCAACCAGGUCGAGUACAACCACAUUUGGCCUGAUGCCGUCAGCAACACUUGCUGGUCACUGGGAGAGAUUGCUCUUCGAUUCGGCGACAAGCUGCGACCUCUUCUGCAGGCAUCUGCUGCCGAGCGGCUCAUUGCGCUUCUGCGAACCCGAGAUGCAUCGCCACGAGUUCUGGAAAACGCUUCGACCGCCAUUGGCCGAAUCGGCAUUACCAUGCCCGACAUUUUCGCGCAGCGAAUCCCAGACUUCAUCAUUGCCUGGUGUCUCAACAUGCAUGACGCCAUGGACAACAGCGAGAAGGAAAGCGCGUUUGUGGGCAUGUGCACCAUCAUCUCGUCCAACCCCCAAGCCCUCGACAACUCCACCCUGCUCAUGUUUGUGAAUGCCGUGGCCCGAUACCUGGAGCCUAGCGAAGCGCUGAUGCACACCUUUCGACAGGUGCUGGGUGGCCUCAAGGGCAUGCACCCCAAUUUUGACAAGGACGUGACCGAGCAGCUGCCUCCCAUCAUCCAGAAGCGACUGCGUGACGUCUACGGCGUUUAA